UGCCUGAUUUCCUCUAGCUAAGUCGCAGGGUGCUGUACAGUCUCCCGGAAUCAAUACAUCACUGAGCGUGCAACAUGAGUUUCACCAUUGAAGAAAGAGGAAACCCUAACACUUUAAGCUACAGGGUGUAUUUCAAAAGCUCAGAUGGAAAAUACAUUUCACCAUUCCAUGACAUACCUAUAUAUGCAGAUGAAUCUCAGAAUAUUGUCCACAUGGUUGUUGAAGUGCCAAGGUGGACAAAUGCAAAAAUGGAGAUCGCUACAAAAGACCCUCUGAACCCAAUUAAGCAAGAUGUGAAGAAGGGCAAUUUGCGUUAUGUGGCCAAUGUUUUCCCACACAAAGGCUAUAUUUGGAAUUAUGGAGCAAUCCCACAAACUUGGGAAGACCCUGGGCACAAAGACAAAGACACAGGGUAUUGUGGUGAUAAUGACCCGAUUGAUGUCUGUGAAAUUGGUAACAAGGUACUCUCCCAUGGAGAUGUUGUCAAAGUGAAAGUCCUGGGAGUUUUGGCAAUGAUUGAUGAAGGUGAAACUGAUUGGAAAGUUAUUGCAAUCAAUGUUGAUGACCCUGAGGCAAAAGACUUUAACAAUAUUAGCGAUGUGAGGAGACUCAAGCCAGGCUACCUUGAGGCCACAGUUGAUUGGUUUAGGAGGUACAAAGUACCAGAUGGAAAACCGGAAAACCAGUUUGCAUUCAAUGGAGACUUUAAAGACAAAGACUUUGCCAUUGAGACAAUCAAAACCACCCAUGGCUUUUGGAAGGCACUUAUUUCACAGCAGACCAGUGGCGGAGAACUAAACUGCAAGAACGCAUGUAUCUCAGGAGGAGACAGUCCUUUCUACUGUUCGGUAGAUGAAGCCAAAGCGGUUGUUGAUGGAUCAUGCCCGUGUGGAGAUGGCAGUCCAAUUCCUUGCUCAGUUGACAAAUGGUUUUACUAUGCGAAGAACUGAGGAAGAUAACACUGUGGAUGGACCAGUCUGAUCACGUUUAGAAUAUCUGUAUAGUACAAUGUACAUUUUAGAAAGACAUAAGUACACCUUGUAGGGGGGACUGAAAGUCACAAAUACAGUUAAAAGUGCUAACCGAUGUCUUAAGUUAAGUUUCCUGUUUGAUAUUCUGUUUAACAGAUACUAAAGUUAGGAAGCAGUCUGGUCAAACUCAGGUACUGUAUCAUUCUGAACAAUUGCUUUAAUAAAGCUUUUCACAACGAUA